GAGAGGACGGAGAAAGUUGGACAUUACCCAUUGGAACUUGUGUCGCCGCCUCUACUAUCCACAACGGGGUAGCCUCACAGGGGCUUUUCGGUCACUCCACAGCAAUGGGUCAACCGGGGGUUCAAUUUCAAUUAAGCUCGUUUUUUUGCCUUGGAAAGUUCAAACUCAAAUUGAGGUUGACGAGUGCAGCAUACAAGUAGGUGGAUAGUACUGCAUGUAAAAGAGUAAUGUUCGGCUCGCCUUGGCGAUCAUUGUUUACGAUCGAGUCUCUCGAUAAACAUCAAUAUUGUACUAGGAUGCCAAGCGAGGCACAUUCUUCAAAGGCUAUUUAUAAGAUACUACGGGCGCUGGUUGGUAAUAAAAUACCAAUAUCACCAAUCUCGAGAACUUCACAUCAGCGUCACAAUGCAUCUUUUCAACAUCCUCAUGCUCGCUAGUGUUGCAGCUGCCCAGACGCUCAUCGACUUUGGCCCGUAUUGGUGGCUUCGUCCCGAACUUGAACAAUCACUCGAUGUCCCAGCAGCAUGGAUUCGUUCGGCCAAAACCACCCUUGUGAUAGGAGCCAUCCCUAGCCCCCGGGUCGACCGCCUCGCUAUCUGGCCCGGUAUGGCCACAAGUGGCGGCGAUCUCAUUCAGGCGCUUGCAGUGUCUUUCGCCGAUCCUGACGACAAUUGUGGUGGGAAUCCGGAGGAGUGGUGCACAUGGGCAAGCACACUUGAAGUAACACAAAAAUACGGAACGAUGAUUCCGGCGACAGAGGGAACUCAUAUCACCAUGUACUAUAUUUACAAUGAUCGCACAGAAAUGUAUGACCAGACUGUCUCUGUGAACGGCCAAGUCAUUUCCACGCUCUCAACUUCAUCCGGUAAGGCCCAAAACUGGCAGACUGCCGUUGAAUGCCAAGAGAGCGCAUGCUCCAGCACCGUACCUGCUCAUAGGUACAUUGAUACUACCAUUGUUCUCGAUUGCGCAGACGAGACAUUCGCAAACUCACUUGCCACCUACGAGACGACAUCUUCUGGUUUUACCACAUCCGACGGCGGCAUCACUUGGACUGUUGAUACCAUCAACAUCAACGAAUACACUUUCAAAUCUUCUUAGUCGUAUUCCUAUAAUUGUCUCCUUUUGCAGCCCCCUUCAUUCUAUUGUAGCAACAAGUAUCCAUACCUGUAGUAAUAGUGAUAUGUGAUAAAAAGCGAGAUAAACGAAGACGCGGAAAGGAAGAAAGACGUGGAGACAGAUCAUUCGAUCGAGUAAUACACUUAAUACACAUUUGAAAAUAGGUGGGAAAUAAUGGCGUUGGAUGAUUUCUA